AUGAUAGGGGAUGGUUCGGAUCUGGUUAUUGGCGCCUCUUGGCUCGCGACACUGGGCCUACACAUUACUAAUUAUAUUGUGGGGGAGUCAUAUCUCAAGUUUUACAUGGAAGGCAAUUUUAUUACCUUACAGGGUACUAAUGGCACUGUGGUGACUCAGGCUAGAUUUCAUCAGCUACGGAGGAUGAUUCACACCGAUGCGGUCAAGGAGUGUUUCAUGCUCCACUUACACAAGGUAGAAGAGAGUCAAACCAUCUCUGAUUGGCAAGAGCAUCUACAACACGUAGAAGAAGUUUUGAGACUGCUGGAGAUGCAUCAGCUUCUUGCUAAGAUGUCAAAGUGUUCAUUUGGUCGAACCAAGGUUGAAUAUUUAGGGCAUGUCAUAUUAGUGUUGGGGGUAGAAAUGGAUCCCCUGAAGGUUGUGGCAGUGUUACAAUGGCUCUGGCCAUGA